UACUUAUAGAACCAUAUUUUCAAUAAUACUAAACAUUUUCCAAAUUUCUUAGAUAGCAUUUAGAUAGAGCAUUUUGAACGUGUAUAGUUAAUUUCCGAUACAGUCCUUAGCUGGACAAACAGUGGAGAUUGUUGGAAGCUUCCAAUAUCCUGGUAGCCAAAAGGCGGCCGAUGGUGGCACCAAGAUCGACAUAGGUGCACGGAUCAAGAAGGCGAGGGCUGCUUUUGUGAUUUUAAGAAAUGUAUGAAAAACAACCAGAUUAGUCGACGCACCAAAAUCCGAUUUUUUUUACUCGAACAUAAGUCUGUGCUGCUAUACGUCAGUGAAACCUGGUGUGUAUCAGUGGAGAACACUCAACGGCUACAGGUCUUCAUCAAUAGAUGCCUGUGGUAUAUAAUUCGUGCAUGGUGGCCUCACACUUGGAUCUCCAACGUGGAGCUCCAUCGUCGAUGUCAUCAAGAGCCGAUAGUGACAGAAAUUCGAGAGCGAAAGUGGAGGUGAGUCGGCCACACUCUACGCAGGGGCGGAAACAAAAUCUGAAAGCAAGCGUUAGACUGGAACCCAGCAGGAUAUCGCAGCAGAGGCAGACCUAGAGGGUCGUGGCGGCGCAGCACGGUGGGACGAAUGGCCAAAAACGUGAACUUUUUUCAGUAGCGUCUUUAAACGUGAUUUUAUCGGCAUGGUGUCUUCGGAUGAAAAUUUUAUAAAAAUAGGGCGCGUAGAAUGGCGUUUAGUUUUAGUUCGCAACUUUGCCACAGGCGGCGCUGUAAAAUCCAACUUUUUUGUUUUACGUUUUUUCAAUACGGUGUCUUCGGCAAAGUUGUAGAUAUGCUCAAUACAAAUAUCUUUGCCGAAGACACCAACCCUCUAUCUCUACAUUGCUUCAAGAUAAAGACGUAUUUUAUGAAUGACCCCCCAAAAAUCGUUUUAUUCAUAUAUUUUGAAAACGCGCAGUUUUAGAAAGAUGCAAUGUUCUACAAAGUUGUGUAAAAUGUCAAAAGAAACAACAUUGUAGAAGUGAAUAGGGUUCUAAAAUGGCAAUAGGGUUAGUUAUGGCUAUUUUUAAGUUAAAAAUAGCCGUUUUUCAAGGCUCAAUAACUAUCUUGGAUGCAAAUGGAUGCAAAUCAAUCCCCACUAGGUUCAAUAUGUAUUACUAUUAGUUGAAUAUCCUGAUGUUUUCGGUUGUAUCCUCGAGUAUCCUUAGCAGGGGUUCUUAAUCUUACUAGAGCCUAUUUUUGACGCUAAAACAAUAAUAUCAGUUUUUGUAUGUCAUUUAGAACCCCAUUAUCUUCUGUGAAGUGAUAAAUAUUAACUAUUCGCAUAAUUGUAUGCUUUAUUGCACCUAUAAAAAUCAAUUAUUAUGGAAUUAUUAUCUUAUUAUUUUAAAAACACUGCAUAGAAGUGAGCUAAACCAGUCGGUCAUAUGUAGUAUCCAAGUGAUCUCACCAGCAAGCAAAUACACAUAUUAUUUUCAGCACACGAACAAGCAGAAAGUCAACUCAUAUAAAAUCACUACGUUUCUUAUGUCGAAUACCCAAUUACUAAUUUUCUAAUUCACUUAAAGGCGUCAACAGGCAUGAGAUUUUUCGAUCGCUGUGAGAAUGAUCUAAAUAAAUCCUGCAUUAAUGCAAAUAAGCUUUUGUAUACAAAAUGUUUUAAUGAUUUCUAGUUAUCAAAAAAGUUGUGGAUAUGCACAACAUCUCUGAUGAAAAGUAAAGGUUCCUCUAAUCAAAAAUCAUAAAAGUUGUUUUGGGUAUGUGUUGGAAUAUUAGAACUAAUUUAGAGAAGCUAUUUUACCCUUUUACUGGCUUAAUCGAGAGUUACUUGUGCCAUGUGUUCAUUGACCUUCCCGUAUAAAUACACACACUCUCCCGCUUGUUCGGCACCUGUCAAAUUCAUGUUGUUUCCGAUAGCUGAAAAUGCUCCUUUUCAUUUCCACAAAUCAAUUUGUAGCUAUGUUUGAAAGUUGUGAAAAUGGAUACGCAAAUGAUUUCAGGUUUUAUAGACUUGCUGUUUUUUCGGUUACUAUACGUGCUGUAAAAGAAUUUGUAUAUAUCUGGCGUUCGUUUUGAAUAGGUCGUAUGUUAACUGUGGUUCCUACCCUGAUUCGACCUAUUCAAAUCGAAAGCCAGAUUUACAUUUAUGUUUUGAACACACGAAUAAAAUUUGCUUGCUGGUGAGAUCACUUGGAUACAUAUGACCGUCUGGUUUAGCUCACUUCUAUUCAGUGUUUUUUUUUUGAAUAAUAUGAUAAUAACUCGAUAAUAAUUGAUUUUUGUAGGCGCAAUAAAGCAUACAAUUAUGCGAAUAGUUAAUAUUUAUCACUUCACAGAAGAUAAUGGGGUUCUAAAUGACAUACAAAAACUGAUAUUAUUGUUUUAGCGUCAAAAAUAGGCUCUAGUAAGAUUAAGAACCCCUGCUAAGGAUACUCGAGGAUACAACCGAAAACAUCAGGAUAUUCAACUAAUAGUAAUACAUAUUGAACCUAGUGGGGUUUGAUUUGCAUCCAUUUGCAUCCAAGAUAGUUAUUGAGCCUUGAAAAACGGCUAUUUUUAACUUAAAAAUAGCCAUAACUAACCCUAUUGCCAUUUUAGAACCCUAUUCACUUCUACAAUGUUGUUUCUUUUGACAUUUUACACAACUUUGUAGAACAUUGCAUCUUUCUAAAACUGCGCGUUUUCGAAAUAUAUGAAUAAAACGAUUUUUGGGGGGUCAUUCAUAAAAUACGUCUGUAUCUUGAAGCAAUGUAGAGAUAGAGGGUUGGUGUCUUCGGCAAAGAUAUUUGUAUUGAGCAUAUCUACAACUUUGCCGAAGACACCGUAUUGAAAAAACGUAAAACAAAAAAGUUGGAUUUUACAGCGCCGCCUGUGGCAAAGUUGCGAACUAAAACUAAACGCCAUUCGACGCGCCUUAUUUUUAUAAAAAUUUCAUCAGAAGACACCAUGCCGAUAAAAUCACGUUUAAAGACGCUACUGAAAAAAGUUCACGUUUUGGGUCAUUCGUCCCACUGUGCGCAGCCUCAACAACGAAAUCAAGCAAGUCGACAGAAAUUUAACCUGGCCACAGGUCAAGGACAUGACUGGCAAUCUUUCAAUUCGCCCCUAUGCAUCGCCGUGUGUGCCCAGGACUGAAAGGCAAGGCUUCAAUGAAUGGCUGCGUUUGUGUUGACUAGAUUAGACUAAGUGUGGGCCACCCUAAUGAGCAUGUCUGCUGAAAGUAUUGGAUAAUUUCAUGCAAUUUUCCGUUAUUCCAAGAAUAUAUGUUUCCACUAUUCAAAAGAACCGAUAACACGGUUAGGAAGCGCGUGCGACUCCAACUGUUUGUAAACAAGAUUUCGCAUGAGUAAAUAAAUUAUAGCCACGUGCUACUUCGGCCAAUUGUCGGCGACGCGUCGUACGCAAGAGAGCCGAUCCGGCGGAGAGACGACCGACUAUCCUAUCUGCAGAUACUGAGAGAAUAUGUGCAAGACUGCUUAUUUCACCAUUCGCCAGGAUAGGCAAGGAUACUACGUUCGGUUACGUCUUCUGUGUAGCAUUUCACAUCAACCCACAGUGGUUCCAUUUGUUCGGGGAAGCGGUCAUAAAUCAUUUUCUUCGUUUUUUGAAGGGCAGAAUCAUUAUAAGUGACCAGAAAUAGCAUGUUAUGACUAAAAAAGGAUAUUCCAGUUCAUUUUCAUGAUCAUCACUUGAAAAAUAUGAACUUUGAACAUUUUUAUUUAUGAUAAAUGAAAAUAUCAUUAAAAACCUUUAUUUUGCACAGAAAUCAGUAAUCAAAUAUUUUUAAUUAUUAUGAAGAGUGGGUCGAAUUCUGAGGAAUUUCUGCUAAGUAUUGCACGUUAAAACAUGUAUAGCACGACUGUAUCAUUAUAGAUUCUUGUGAAUAGAAUCAGUAUUAGCAUUAUAAUUGUGAUUUUAUUAGUAGGUUCUAUUUCUACUGCAAUAAAAUAAAUAUAUGAAACUGAAUAUUUUUUUCAGAAAUAAGGUAGUUUGCAUUGUCGAAACACAGAAAAAAUCAUCACACAUCGAAUAAGUAUGUAUAACUACAGUACCUAAUGCCCAAAAGCGAUAAUUCUGAAACAAUAGUAAAAAUAGUGCAAUUACAGAAACAAUUACUUCUGAAAUUAUUUCAAACAAAUAUUCAAAAUUAAUUCACAAAACGUACGUAAAAGGAAAUUUUUCAACCAUACAAAUAUUGCUUUACACAGUUAUAUGUCAUAUAAUGCAUAGGCCUGCGUUUUGCACAAUAAAAAAGAUUCAAGUAUCUGUCCAGUCGUAUUUGUUUUUUACAAUUGCAUUGCAACUGAUAUCCAGUAAUAUAGUACAUGGAAUUUUAAUCAUGUAUAGCUCUAACCCAAUCAAAAUAUAUACAAAUACCCUUCGUCACUGCAAUUUAAUCAGCGCCUGCUAUUUUAAAAGAAAUCAAUUUGUACACUAAGAUUUAACGUUAAUGGAUUUAUCAAAUAUUCCGAUUUGGGAAGGGAAUAAAAGGAGUAAAUACGCUCUUUUAGUAAAUAUUACUAAAAGAGCGUAUUUACUCCAUUUUCUUCCUGCACUACAGUAUUAGGUACUGAAUGGAUUUUGAGGAAAUUUUUAAAAUGUUGGCAGCAAAUGCGAAAACUUCUUAUCAAAUUCGACAAUUACAGAGGUAAGUUUUGACGAGGCCAAAUAAGAAUGGUUGUUAUGCAACUAUUGAGGUAUUAAUUCCUCAAUUCCUCCAGAAGUGUAUUUUUUUUUCAUAAUUAAAAAAUAUUUUCAAAGAUUGUUUUCAAAAAAAAUAUCCCUCAAUUAUUGUUAAAAGCUUUGAAAUAUCUCCUGUAAAAAUUUCAGUCAUUUGGUACACAUUUCAGACAAUUACAGAAAAACUAGUAUAUAUAUAAUUUUGUAGUUAUUUGAAUACAUAUUUUUUAUAAAAAUAACGGGUAACUUCCAAUACAUCCUGCAAGCUUGUAUGCAGAUAUUUGCAGUUACAACCUUCACAGAUUGAUUCUCCUACUCAAAUCUGAUCAUUUGCUGGCGGACGAUUGAUUAAAUGUGGUUUAGAACAUGUUUGAAAUGUUACAUGAAGUUUUAUUAUGUAUAUAUUCUAUUGGUAAAAUUAUGUGCCUAUUACUCACAUCCCCAUUGGUCCAAAAAUAUCCAGAUCCGGUUUUUAUCCGCUUCGAAUUGGAAGAUAAACAUCUAUUCUGAUUCUCUGCUUUGAAAACCAAUUGAAAAUCUACUUGCUUUUGUUAUACGAAGACAAGGAGUACAACUCAAAAUUCAUGUAGUUUUUCGACAAAUUGAAAGAAUAUAAAAUUGCAUAACAGUACCCACGCUCUCAUGCAAAAUAUGCAACAGAAAUUUACAUAAAAAUGGAUUUUCUGCAUUCUUGGGAACAUUAUUGAUUUAUAAAAAAUAUACAAACUCAUAAAUUUGACAAUCAAUUUUUCGAUUUUUGGCCUAUGGCGGUACCACUGUGCAACUGGAAGAACACGCUUACCGCCAGCCAGCGUGGAAAACUAUAUAAAGCAACAAGUAUCGGAUGCAAUCCUGUCAGUCUUCCUACGGAAGCGAACCGGGUUCGAGCGAACGUGUGAGCUAAAGUGGCGGAAGUGGUUUGGCUAUUACCAACAACGGUUUACCACUAGUGACAUGUGCUAGGCUGAGUGCAGGACACCGCCGCUAAUCAAUCAACCCCCAGCCCACACUGUGCCAUUAAAGCGGCCAUCUGUGCGUAACUGCACCGCACUCGGAGUUACUAGUUGCUAGUCGCCUUCGCCUCUCAGCAGUGGAACGGUAGUGUGGUGGGGAUGGAGCAGAGCAAUCAAAAGUUCCAUCACCUCUCAGUGCUGUUGUUUAUGGCGGCCAAGCUGUGCUGCCUGCAGAUGUCCAUCGGGGCGACGUUUAGCCUCCUGCGGCAACCACACGCUGCUAGUUGCGACUGUGUCCGAAUUAGUGACAAUAAUAAUAACAAUUUCACCGGAAGCUGGCCCAUUCCUGGUGCUGCUAAUGGCAGACGGAAGGCGCUCGAUUUUUCCUCGUCGCACAAUGAAGUGCCAAUUGGAUUUCUCGCCGGAUACGUUCACUCGAAGGUGAUUCUCGGAGCCCUGUUACUGGCCAUCGAAAACAUCAAUAACGAUACCACGUUGCUUCCGGGAAAGAAAAUCAAACUGAAGCCGGUGGACAUUGGAGCGCAAAAAUCUCUCAAGGCCUUCCCGAUAAGGAAAAUGACCGAGAUGCGCGACGAAGGGAUUGCGGCAUUUAUUGGUCCUGAUGAAACGUGCACCACAGAAGCUUUGGUGGCUUCCGCUUGGAAUAUUCCGAUGAUUUCGUAUAAAUGCGCCGAUGCUGCCGUUUCCGACAAAACAGUGUACAGCAGUUUCGCCAGAACACUGCCACCGGCUACGAAGGUUUCGAAAAGCGUGGUGUCUCUGUUGGCGGCUUACAACUGGCACUGUUUUUCCAUCGUUGCUGGAAAACAUCCCGCGUGGAGUAUGGAAAUUGCACAGGCUAUUAAGUUACAAGCCGAAGGGAAUAACCUCACCGUGAAUCAUUUUCGCGAGUAUUCUGAUUACAUUCCAUCGAAAAUUUACAAACUGCAGAACAUUGUCGAUGAAACAUAUCUCACCACAAGAAUUUACGUUUUUGUUGGGGACUACAUCGAAAUGGUUGAUUUUGUGCGAUGCUUGCAGAAUCGCUAUCUGCUAAGUAGUGGCGACUACAUGGUAAUAUCUAUUGACGACGAAGUCUAUGACCCUAGCACAAAGCGUAAUAUUUAUCAAGAGUAUUCGGAUUUCUAUCAAAAAUACGCUCGCAAUUCCAAGGAAACGUUCGCCAACCGCAAGCGCUACAGCUUUAAGGAUAUCCAAGAGCGAUUGCAGGAAGCGUUUCUAUCGGUGCUACGCAUCUCACCUCUUUUUCCUAUGAAUCCUCAGUACAAGAAAUUGUGCCAUCAAAUAAAAUUAUACUCAAGACAAGAACCGUUUCGAGUGCCGUUGCCCACCAAUCCGAAGAUUUAUCAGGAAAUUCAGGUACCCAUUUACGCUGCUCAUCUCUACGAUGCGGUGAUCAUCUACGCUCGGGCGGCUACCGAAGUCGUGCAAGCUGGAGGAAAUCUGCACGACGGAAGACUGAUUAUGCGCCAUAUUUUAAACCGCUCGUAUCACUCGAUACAGGGCUUCGACGUCUACAUUGACGAAAACGGUGAUGCCGAAGGGAACUUCACAGUUAUCGCCCUGCAGAAAGACGAGAAGGUGAAUAAUUCCCUCAACAAGUCAAUGCAACCGGUGGGCAUGUUCGUGUACAGUAGCAACGGUACCAAUCUUCCGGAGUUCAAAUAUUUGAGCUCGCAGCGACCCAUCAUGUGGGUGAAGGGACGACCCCCGUUGGCUGAGCCCCCGUGCGGAUUCCAUGGCGAGAAGUGUCGACCGAUAACGCGUGACUGGCGGUACAUCACCGGAAUCAUGAUGGGCACGCUGUUUAUCACCAUAUUUGCUGUUAUUCUAUUCAAGCAUUAUCGAUAUGAGCAAACAUUAGCCUGCCUUAUGUGGAAGGUGGAGAUGAAGGAUGUCACUAUCAUAAGCUCACCGGAUCUGAUGUACGGUAGCGAUUCGAAAAAGAAGUUGACGCAGGUUUGCAGACAAAGUAUUUUAGCUAAUGGAACAGACACCACCAAACGUGCCUUCACAAACAUUGGUCUGUACAGAGGCAAUAUAGUUGCCAUCAAUUACCUGCACAAACGAUCGGUAGACAUCACGCGAACCAUUCGUAAAGAACUGAAACAAAUGCGCGAACUUCGACAUGAAAACCUCAUAACCUUUGUCGGAGCGUCAGUCGACCACGGUGUUGUGGCGAUCCUGACGAGCUACUGCGCCCGGGGAAGCCUGGCCGAUGUCUUGGCCAACGAGGAUCUCAGCCUGGAUCACAUGUUCGUAUCGUCGCUGGUGAGCGACAUCGUGAAGGGACUAAUCUAUCUACACGACAGCGACGUGGGGUCUCAUGGCAGUUUACGGUCGAGUAAAAUACUGAUCGAUUCGCGAUGGGUGGCGCAGAUAUCGGACUUUGGACUCCACGAGUUCAAAUCUGGACAGGAAGAACCUAACAAAUUCGAAAAAGAACUACGCCGAAGUCUAUGGAAGGCCCCGGAAAUUCUAAGAAAUCCAAACACUCCUAGCAGGGGUACUCAGAAGGGCGACGUGUACUCGUUCGGAAUAAUUCUGUACGAAAUAGUAGGUCGGAAAGGACCUUGGGGUGAAAUCAACCUCAACUAUCAGGAGAUCAUUGCGAGAGUCAUCUCUCCGCAAAACUACGGUAUAUUUCGGCCACUUCUACGUGGGCUGGAAGCUUCGGACUACGUGAUCCAAUGUUUGCAAGCAUGCUGGGAAGAGGAACCUGAUGAUCGUCCAGAUAUCCGUUUAGUACGCGUCAAACUGAAACCAAUGCAGGCCGGAUUGAAGCCGAACAUUUUCGACAACAUGCUAGCCAUCAUGGAGAAGUAUGCGUACAACCUGGAAGGGAUUGUUCAGGAGCGAACUAAUCAGCUGACAGAGGAGAAAAAGAAAACGGAGUCUCUACUGCUGCGAAUGCUACCUAGAAGUGUUGCUGAAUCCUUAAUGCGUGGGGAACGAGUUGAAGCCGAGUGUUUCGAUUGUGUCACCAUAUUCUUCAGUGACCUGGUCGGAUUUACGGAGCUGUGCGCCCAAAGCAACCCAUUCGAAGUGGUGGAAAUGCUGAACGAUCUGUACACAUGCUGCGACUUUAUCAUAUCGAGCUACGACGUGUACAAGGUGGAAACAAUAGGAGAUGCAUACAUGGUUGUUUCGGGCUUACCGAUACGGAACGGAGACCGUCACGCGGGAGAGAUUGCAUCGUUGGCUCUACACCUGUUGAAUUCGCUUUCGAAUUUGGAGAUACGACAUAGACCAGGGGAAUUUAUCCAAAUCAGGAUCGGGAUUCAUUCGGGACAAUGUGUUGCGGGGGUUGUUGGACUUAAGAUGCCCAGAUAUUGCCUCUUCGGAGAUACGGUCAAUACCGCCUCGAGGAUGGAAAGCACAGGCGAUGCCAUGAAAAUACAUAUCUCGUCGGUAACGUACAACCUGCUGAAGAAAAUCGGCGGCUACAGGUUCGAGGAACGUGGCGUCAUCAAAGUUAAAGGAAAAGGCGAUAUGAGAACAUUUUGGCUGAUUGGAGAAGAUGACCAGAAGAGAAUGGAUCGGUUCGGGUCUAAUGAAGCUGUCAAAAAUAUGUCCUUGUCGAUCAUCCCCGAUCUGAUUUGCACUCCGGGUCAUUCCCAACCGGAGCUGCAGCAUUCUUCACGGCAUCCACUGCACACCUGUAGCGAUCAGGAGCUACCGGUUGAGACCAUCCCCGGGACGCUAGGGUGCUAUAUCUGUCGCAAGCGGAAAAUCUACAAAAUGCCAAUGAUUCCCCAUGCCACGUCCCAGAGCUACUCAGUCAACGGAUCGGGCGCUGUUGUUGCAGAUGAAGCUGUCUGUACUUGCCGGCACCAGCAUUGCCUAUUCGAUUACUACAACGACACUCUGAUGACCGUCAGAACAAUUCGGGAACCGAGAUCGGCUCCGCAUAUAACUUUUAUGCAGUAAAUCAAGUAGACUGAUGAUGAUCUCAGCAACGAAGUGGUUUCACUAAUGUACCAAAUGAAUAUUAUACAAUGUAUACACAUGAACCUUAUAUUCAAUGUUUAUAAAUGUUUUGCCGGUUAUGAAUGAUCAUA